CCAUCUGCCCGCCUCCGGCCUGCACCAGCCGAGCCCUCCGCCCAAGUCCUCCAUCCGAGCCCGCUCGCUCCUGUGCUGCAUCAGACCACUCCACGCCAUGUCCGAGGGUCGAUCCAGCAGCAACGCCUUCCAGGAAGAGGCUGCGGCUCUCUUCGCUAGCGAGCGAUACAAGGAAUCAUACCACACUUAUCUCAAGGCAACAAACGAGAACCUCGUCAAGAUCGCCAGGGGCAUCGAGUGGAACAACCAGGAGAUCGCGAACUUGCCCCAAGAUAUCCUGGAUGCCUUCCGCGAGGCACAUCUGUUCCUUCAACGUGCCGAGGAGAUUGUCCGUGCUCGUGUCCGCUCGUUGGAUGUCGCUGCUGUGCAAACACCCGAGCCCAAAGAUGCGACGCAGAACCGCCUUCCGGUUGGCCAAACAUUGGUCUCGGACCAGUCGUUCAAGCGCAGUGUUCACAACGAGCGCAGAUCCAACGUUGCCGAGCUUCCUGUGAUUCCUGUCUCCAAGCUGUCGCUGCAAGCCGCCCAGUACUCGGCCCUGCACCGGAAUGCCGUCGCCGAAUGGAAUGCCGCGCGGAGCAAUGGCGAAGCGGCGUCUUUGUCGGUCCUGCGGAAGCUGCUUGAGGACGUGCAGAUCUAUCAGUCCAAGCUCGAGAGCAUCCAGAGCAUCUAUCGCCAGGUAGCCAUCGCGCCGCUGGAGCUGUGGACAAGCAGCGAGCUGGCCAAGCAGAUCGUCCUGACCAACGUCGACUUGCUCGCCAAGCUCAUUCCGCAAAACACGACCGACCCGAUUGCCGUUCUAUCGUCACCCGAAGCCAAGGGCUGCGCUGACUAUGCCCGAUUCCUGGAGCACGUCGCCAUCCAUGCCAUUCUGGCAGCCCCCGAGAAGGGCCAGCCUCCCAAAGCACAGGUCGGCUGGGCCAGUGCCAUCCAGCACAUCAUCAACGCCGUGUUUGUCCUGUUCUAUGUCUAUCGAGACCUCGCGGGCUCGCAGGCGCUGUGGAGGGCCCUCAAAUCGCCUGAGGUUCAGCGACUCGCGACGGCCUGGGCAAGCGUCAGCCCCAAGACACUCGAAGUGUUCAAGCACCUCGAAGGCCUGCUGGAAGCACGCACGCCGAAAGACCACAUCCAGCUUGUGGAUGAAAUCCUGCUCCAUCACUACGCCGGCGGGGGCGUGAUCACUGUCGUGCCUUGCCUUGGCUACUUCCGUGAUGAAGCGACGAGGCUCCUGGCUCUGACGGACCAGGCACAAGUCAAGCCCGAUAGCAUCGACACCCGAGCUGAACUCGCCAAACUCGCGCAGACUCUCGAACUUUGUCUUGGCAAGGGCUCGCCCGACCAGGAAUUCCAAGACCAGGUCCGCAUCAACGCUGCGGCAGCGGCAGCGGUCAAGAAGCCUGCAGGCAAGACCCAGAAGAUCCCUACGCCCGAAAUUACGCUCCCUGCAGCUGCAAAGGACCUGCAUCGUAUCGGCAGUGGCAAUUUGUCGCUGGAGCACUGGCUGCUCACACGCGUCUUUUUGUCCAAGCAUCAACUCUGGAAGCUUAGUGCCAUCUGCGAAGUGCCAAAGGGCAAAGAAGAGAAUCCGUACCAAGAUGAGACGUCGCAGUCCCAGCAACCGCCAAAUGCAGCGACCAGCACCGGCGCUCUGACGGAGAGCAAGGAGGCGCCGAAUACCGUCCCAGAUACGCCCGAGGUAGUGAGCCCAAAGGAAAGCGAGAUCCAAGCAUCCAACCGCGCUGAAGAGACCAUUGGCUCUGGCGACUCCGACGGACUGGCAAAAGAAGUCGGUCUGGUGUUGAGGCAUGCCACGGACUUGCUUGACGCCGAGUCGCCCAAGACCGCAAAGCCAGGUGCUCCAAAGGCCGAUGGAGACGAGCAGUCAGAGCUCGAUGUGAACGACUAUCUCGAGAGCCAAGCUGGCCAGAACGAAAUACAGCAGCUGGUGCAGAAGGCUCUCGAUCAGGAAGGAGAGUUUGAGCCGGAUGAGCACGAUCACGACCAAGAUGGCGAUCAAGCAUAAGAGAGCAGCGGGAAAGGAAGGUACAGAGCGAGAUCCACACAAUGAGAUCCACCAAGCACUUCGGUAGCCUCACUUGGACUCCUCCGAGAAGAGUAAAUACACCCCAUCGUUGCCAUGACAUGUCUCAGAGGACAGUCUCUGUGAUAGCGCGAUCUUGGACGCAUCCGUCAAGCCCUGUGGGCGAUCGCCGA